CAGAAAAUUACUGCGUGGCAGCGCAGCUGUGGGUUCAUAACUCCGAGUUCAAUUCGAAGUUUCAAAUGAGCUGAGUUUCAACAAGAAAUUUUUUGACUAAUUUGUUUACCUAAAUAAAACCAUGCACGACCUUUCUGUUCUGUAUCAUUUAUCCAUUUAGUGAAUUAGUGCACUGAAUAAAUCGAAAUAUCUUCCAUUUUUUUUCCCGUGAAAAAUGGCAAAUAUGUGUUCUUGGAGUGUUCACAACUUUGUGAUAUUUUUCUUCAUUUUAUGUAUUUUCAUUCAAACUGAAACGCAAGAAACUACCGUACCAUGGUAUGAAAACUUGCCUGCAGUUGCUAUGGAUUAUAAAGUUCACAUUGAUCCAGGCAAAGAAGAUUGUUAUUAUCAAUAUGUUAAUCCUGGGGCAGCUUUUUACGUCAGUUUUCAAGUUGUUCGAGGGGGAGAUGGAAUGGCUGGUUUUGCAGUACGAAACCCCAUUGGACAAAUUGUACAUCCUUACCAGUGGAAGCCUAGCAGUGAAUAUCAAGAGGAGAAAUCAGUUACUGGGGGUUAUUACUCAGUUUGCAUCGAUAACCAAUUCUCUAGGUUUGCUGGUAAAUUGGUGAAUAUUUAUAUGACUGUAGUCAGGUACAAUUUAUGGGAACAGUAUACGAAAGAAGUGGAGGAGCUUAACGUCAACAUGGAAAAUUUCACAAAUACCAUUGUAACAGUUGAGAAAAACAUAAAUGAUAUGCUGCAAUUCCAACAUCACAGCAGGGGCCGUGAACAAUGGGAUCACAACAUUCUGAAAGCCAACAAUUCGUAUGUUGUUGUUUGGUCCGUUGUUCAGAUUGUUGUCAUUCUCAUAGCCUCCUCACUUCAAGUCUAUUUUGUCAGAAAAUUAUUCGAUAUUAAAGUGGGAAGAGGCAAAAUGGGGAUAUAAGACUGUACAUAUUUGAAAUCAUCCAUUUAUUUUUGCAAUCAUGAAGUGAAAAAUUAAACUUUUUUUCAUUUCCAUAUCGAGACAAUGAAUCAAGUUCAACCUAUUCCUUGUAUAUGUCGGUAGAGUAGACAUCGAUGUAUGUAUGAGAUUAAACAAUCAUUCAAUAUUUUUUUAAACAUAUGGACUUAAAAUCCAGAAACAGUGCAUUUAUACUUUUUAAACCAUGUCAAAAAACAUGUAAACUGUUUUCCAAGACAAUAAAAUAUUUAUUUAAUUGUU